CAUCCACCAACUUCCAGCUCCGUGACCAUGCCGAAGAACAAAGGAGCAGGCGGCCGAGCCAAACCAGCUGAAUCAGCAAAACAAGAGCCGCCGAAGAAACCACAGACCAUCAAAGAGCUGGAGUGGCAGUGGUACUACGACACCAACCCUCACCAAAAGGCUUACGAACAGCUCGGCCUAGAUGGCAUGACCCCAGCCGACCGACAAGCCUACCUUAACCAAGAAUAUUUGAAACCCGGCCUCGCCAAAACCCUCUCCAACAAAGCGCAGAAGGAGCUCUGGAAACAGCUGAACGAGGCAAACGUUCCUCUGCGAAAUCUACCCCGGCCGCGUGAUAAUCAGUGGGGCCGCGACAAGAACGGCCGCGACAUUGGUGAUUAUACCGUUGAGGAGUACAAAGCAUACAACGCGAAAGCGAAUAGGCUUUUGUCUUUGUCGGAGAAGAGCUGGGAUUUCAAGCGCAAGCACGCCAGGGCUAGGGACGCUGACCGUUUUCCUCUUAGCGACACAGAGCAGCAGUAUCUCGCCUUAACUGAGGAGGAUAUUGAGGUCGAGAGAGCCAGAAGGAAGGAGAUGGCGCAAUUAAAGCAAGAGCUAUACGGCACAAAGUCGGAUCCGUACGCGCUAGAUCCGGACUGGGACGAUGUGGUACCGAUUCCCCAGGAAGAGACAGAAGGAGCACUCGCCGCGAUAGCAUAUCCAGACGAGUAUGCCGAAGCUAUGUCUUACCUCCGUGCCGUUAUGGCAGUGAAAGAAUACUCACCACGAUGUCUGAAGUUGACUGAGCGUAUCAUAUCGUUGAACCCAGCCCAUUAUACUGUCUGGAUUUAUCGAUUUUCGAUUAUUGAGGCCUUGAACAUCUCCAUCCCAGACGAGAUCGAGUGGCUCAACGACAUCGCAUUAACAUAUAUCAAGAAUUACCAGAUCUGGAACCACCGAAAUCAUCUGAUAGAUCACUACUACCCGACAAUAGUGACAUCACCGGUUGAUCUAGCUGCACUAGCCGACAGCGAAAAGAAGUUCCUAGACGAGAUGCUGGAGCUGGACACGAAGAACUACCACGUGUGGAGCUAUCGACAGUACUUAGUGCGUAAGCUGGGAUUAUGGGGUGAGGCCGAGUUGAAGAGCGUAGAGGCUUUGAUCGACGAUGAUGUGCGAAACAACUCGGCUUGGUCCCACCGCUUCUUCGUUGUCUUCUCAGACCCAUCGUAUUCAUCGCCCGACUCUCAUGCCACGGAAUAUGACCCCAAGAUUCCAGCCGAUAUCAUCGACCGCGAGAUAGAGUAUUCGAAGGCGAAGAUCCUGCUCGCGCCACAGAACCAGAGUCCCUGGAACUACUUGAAGGGCGUGCUGUACAAGGGUGGUAGGAAAAUGGGCACCGUGAGAGAGUUCGCUGAGCAAUUCGUUAAGAAUUUAGGUCUUGAAGAAAUGGAGCGGGUGCACAGCUCCCACGCCUUGGAUCUUCUAGCCGACGCCUAUAAGGAGGCGGGCGAAAAGGAUCUAGCGCGGACAGCCCUAAAGAGACUGGGCGAGAAGUGGGACCGUAUCCGCCGCGGGUACUGGGAGUAUCGGAUUACUUUGCUCGACGCGAGUCAACCCUAGGAGCUACGAUCGUAAACGGAACAUUGAUAUCAUGGCACGAUUCUACGGUGUGUAGUUUACCAUGAGUCCCGAUUCGUAGGAGGUGAAGAAGGUGUGAGGCGUGAUAUUGAAGGAGGACUAGCUUAAAAAAAUCCAUUAUUGUCGAUUGAAAAGGCUUUUAUUCGUGAUACGCCACGCAGAAGAGGAUAAAGGGAUUCUAUGGUGCACGUAAGACACAAACAAGCAGCAUAUUAGCAUAGGAUGGACUAGUAUGGUUUACCAAAUAUUGAAAUGCAGUGAGGUGAUGAAGUACCAUCACCUAGCAUUCAUAUUGAACUUAAGAUAAA